AAAUUCGUUUUACUAAGACGAAAAAAUAAAGAGAAGAAACCCAACGGUCACUUCAAGCGCAUUCAAGACUUUUUUUCUCAUUUUUUUUUUUGUUCAUAGGAACAGAUGGUGGAAUCAUCGGAGCUGAGCUAUGAACAGAUUCGUUUGAAGAGGGUGGAAGAGAACAAAAAGAGAAUGUUUGAGCUUAAUCUCAACAAGCUCGCUCAAUCUCUCCGCGUCUCUUCUGCCAAGCCUUGUCCAGCUAAGACAAGGAUGCAGCGUGUUCCGGUGGACUUGUCGGAGGUCAGGAGGUCAAACCGGCCGAAGAAUCCGCCUCCGAGUUACAGAGAGAUGGGGCUAGAACCUCUGGAAAGGCCAAGAAGGACCUAUCAAAGAAGAGAUUUGCUGAACCGCGUGUAUGCCUCAGACGAGGCAAGAGUGUAUGCAGUCCACAAGGCAGAGAUGCUUCAGUCAAGCUUAGAACCUGGAUUCCCAAGCUUUGUUAAGUCAAUGCUCCAGUCACACGUAACCGGAGGAUUUUGGCUGGGCUUGCCGCAUCAGUUUUGCAGGACACACCUGCCACACCGCGAUGAAAUGAUCACUUUGGUUGAUGAAAACGAUGAGGAAUUUCUGGCCAAAUAUCUUGCUGAGAAGAAUGGUCUUAGCGGAGGCUGGAGAGGUUUCGCCAUUGAUCAUCAGUUAGUCGAUGGAGAUGCUCUUGUGUUUCACCUUAUCAAUUCAACAACGUUCAAGGUGUAUAUCACUAGGGUAUAUGAUGAAGCAAACAAUGAUUCAGAUAGGAAUGAUAAAGAGAAUGAAAUUGAAAUAAACAAGAAACAAGAGGAGAAUUGUUCUGAAGCUGGUAGGCUGCGAAGCUGCAGUGGUAAAAGGAAAAGAGGAGGCAGGAAGUAGAGUUUGAAGGUCGGACUAGGACUUCAAUGGAAGGAUGUAGUUUAAACAAGGGUGCCUAAAAAGAAAACCCUUUUUUCUUUGGUGUCGGAUGAGCAGUGAAGUUAUGUAUGUGAUGGGGACCAUUACGGCAAAUAUUUUGGUAGCUAAGGGGUGU